UUGGUUGGUCUGCUGCUGAUCGGCGUGGCAGCGUGGGGGAAAGGCUUCGGCAUCGUGUCCAGCAUCCACAUCAUCGGCGGGGUCAUCGCUGUGGGCGUCUUCCUACUGCUCAUCUCCAUCGUGGGCCUCAUCGGAGCCCUCAACCACCACCAAGUCAUGCUCUUCUUCGUAUCCUUUAUAUAAAGGGCAUUUACAAUCCAAACUUUACAAUAAAACAAUACAAUUAAGAAUAUCUUCACUGUCAGCCCUAUUCAUACCAGUAUGGGCAGGCAGAGUUGGUCUAUAAUGUUCCAAAAGUCUUUGGUAUGGGUCACUGUGCGAGUUUCGUUUUACUUUAAUGAAUAUAGGUCAGUAGUAAAAAUGCAUUAUUUCUGUGUGUGCAGCCUUUGAGUGUUGGUCUGGUUCCUUGACUGCUCCUCUCUCAGUACAUGGUGAUUCUGUUCCUGGUGUUUCUUUUCCAGUUUGGUGUGUCCUGCUCCUGCCUGGCUAUUAACCAGGGACAGCAGGUCUGUGUGUCUGUUAUAAUUUUACCUCUGAGUCACUGUGCUUGUCAUUUAGUUUUCUCCCAGCUCCUGUUUUCUAUCUUAUGUCCACCUUCUUCCUUAUGUCCAAUUGCUCUAGGUCUUUCUUAUUGGACACUACUCUCUAUAUAUGGACGUGUGGUUGUCACUUGCCUUGUGUGUUGCUGCCUCUGCCAUUCCACAGCACUCCUGUCACUGUCCUCACCUGUGUUGUAUGUGUGUGUUUGAUCUCCAUCCCAGGUGAAGCUGUUGAACGCUACCUGGGGGUUGAUGAGCAACGAGACGCGGGUGGGCGUGGAGAACAAGCUGAGCUGCUGUGGGCUGCUGAACACCACCCAGAGCCAGGAGCAGUUCAACGAGGAUGUGAAGCUCUGCCAGGCGGUGAGGGAGACACACACAUCAGUUUGUCACUCUCCUUGUGUUUGACGGUCUUGAUCCAGGGAACAGUUCCAUCUUUUCUAGGCAGUGUAUACAUAUCAGCAGAUUUCCUAUAUCGAAAAAAUGAAAUACUUUGUUAAUUAGCAAAGUGCAUUAAGAAAGAAUGUGUAAUUUCUGACCCUAAAAUGUCCCCUGCUCUCUGCGCUCAGCCUUUUAAAGGCCUUUCUCUCUGGAUGUGGUUCUCUGCAUGUGGUUUAAGCCACUCUGGUUACUCUCUGCCCUCAACAGCUCUCCCAACCUGUCUUAACCUUAACCAUUACGGAUCAAAGAUAAAAACCAUCACUGGACUGCCUAUCAUAGGUAGAAAGAAAAUAGAAAGCAAAAACAGGAUCGCAGUAGACCGUAAUCUUAUGGUUGGCUUUUUACUCUAUGCAGAUGCAGUCGUAUGUUUGGACUUCCUCUCUUUAUGUGAUUGUUGUCUCAUUGAAGGCUUUCUCGCUCCCUCUCUGUAGCCCUGUAAAGUGACUGGGUUGUGUUUCACCUGUGGGGACAUGAUGCUGCAGCACGCUGCAGAGGCUCUGAAAAUCCUGGGUGGAGUAGGACUCUUCUUCAGCUUCACAGAGGUCAGGAAACCGCUCCUGACUAUGCCUACAAGAGCUAAAAUACACACACCACAACACUAGCACUUAUCCCUAAAUGCACAAAGAAUUUCGACCCGAGUUAAGAACAUGUAAAUGGAACGUAAUUCUUUUUUUAUGUACUUUUCUCUCUGUGCGUAUUCUGACCUUGAACUUAAGCAUGAGAAUAGCAUGCUAUUCACCGGCUAUUCGUUUGGGUGGAGAUUUAAGAAAUGAAGUUGUCCUAUUUGAAACAAUAUGGAACUCAGACCAUACGUAGUAGUAGGUUAAACCUGGAGCCUGGCGCACGGUUCACAACGACUGGACUGUUGUCAUCACAGUUCCAUGAUUAGUGAGGAUUAUUAGGGUAGAUUUAUAGGACUACUGUUCAACCCCUAUUGUACACUUUUCUCACCUUCCAAUAUUUCAUGGAUUGAACAAUUUAAUGUCAACUUUCAGGAUGAAUCAAACCACUAUUUUUGAUUCACCAAUAUAUUUUGUGCGUAAAGGCUCUCCAAACCAGUUUUUUAUUAUUCAUAAAUACUUAACUAACCCUAAAUAAUCUACAAAAUCUGAGUAUUUUUAAAUCUACCAAUAGGUGUGUAUUUACAUGGCUUUCUUUCAGUGAUCCCUAAUAUUCUAAACCGCUCUCUCCAUAUAUUCUAGUGAGUCUUCUAAUUAGACUCACUUCUAAUUAAAGGUACACCCAAUUUAAAUGAAUGGCUUUAGAUAAAUGUACUGAAAACCCUAUGAAUGAAAACUCCACAAGGAAAUCUGUUGGCCAGCAAGUGGGGGUUUUCAGCGGUUGAAUAACGUUUAUUCCACGCCUGCAAAGCCCAUUACGCACCUGCAUAAGGUAAAUCUGAAUACCAACUACGGAGAAGUGCGUAGGAAAGGUGUACAUUUCCGUAGUCUGAAUCAGGCCCAUACAGUAAAGGUGAACACUAUCACCAUCAGUGGCGAUUUUAGCAUGUCAAUCUUGGUGGGGCAAAAAAAUAUAUAUGUUGGAUAUGCAUGCCAGCAAAGCCACAACACAACACUAAACGAUACAUGAAUUGCACUAUAACGGUGACAAACUGUGCCCACAAACUGUUAGGGCCUACAUAAAGCUGUCUCAACAGCAGAGUCCCAACAGCAGUCCCAACACCUUACCACUGCUACACCUGGCUAUCAGCGGAGCCUUGUCUGGCAUUGAAACAGUUCAUUCAGCCUCAUUUACUGCCUUUAAAAAAAACAGCUGAUAUGGCUGACUUGCUUAAACAAAUGUGGUUUCUACUGACAAUUGAGAUGUACAAACUAUGGCAUAAGGGGACGACAAGUGGAUAAGAGGCAAUCCAUAAUUUAGAUUAAGACAUUAAUGAGCGAGCUAGGACGGACGUAGUCAAUGUAACUUGAAAUGUACAGCGACAGAAUUCAGAACAUGGGCCGUUCUUACAGUGUUCUCCCUGUACACCAAGUCAGAACCGUAGGAUAAAUAAAGGGGGCACAAUGAAAGCUCUUACAAUAUUCGAUGAUUACAUUUCUCUAAACAGGUUAUAGGCUACAUGUGCACCACCAAGUCAGAACAGUAGGCGAAAUUAGGGGGGGAAAUAUACCAAAUUAUUAGAGUGAGGCACAUGGGCUACUAACAACUUAUUACACAACAUACACUUAGUAUUACUUUCUUAGCUACAGUAUACAUAUCUCCCUGGUAUAUUACAUCAUUUAUGCAGCAGCGUACAAUACAUUUUUGGACUCAGGUGGCGCAGCAGUCCUUCGUGGGCAAAUUUGGUCAUCAAAGUCUGGCAUUCUCUUGAUUUAUGGUGCUUUCAAGACAACUGGGAACUCUGAAAAAAACAAGGUCGAAUCAUGAUGACGUCAGUGAUCUUCAGGUCGUAGCUCUAGAAAGAGGCCCGAGUUCCCGACUUACAAUUCCGAGUUGGAUGACCGUUCAAAACAAAUUUUCCCAAUCGGAGCUCGUUUUUCCCGAGUUCCCAGUUGUCUUGAACUCAUUGAAGUCAGAUUUCCCAGUUCCGAGUUAACAGUUGUUUUGAGCGUGGCAGGAAUCACGCUGGAUUGACAGCAUGGCCAAUGUUGAAUGUUUAUAAUUUUAAGCUUGGAAAAAAGACCCUUAAACCCAGAGUUGGGACCACACACCCACUGAAUAGCAGGCUAGUGAUUGCUUUGCAAUGCUUGCAGUUAGCCACUGAUUCCUUCCAAACCACUCAUUGUUGAAUUAGCGAUUUCCAACUUGUUGUGUAAUGUUUAUAUCCAAUGGCCGAUGAGCACCGAUACGUUUUAUCUAUAAUUUCUCUUCAUUAUUUCUCUUCAUAUGACAAGGAUUAAAAAGGAUUUGCCAGUAGAUUGUCGACUUGAUUCAUGAUGAUGACUGCUAGCUAAGAUUUUGAAAGGAUGAUGUUGACAUCAGUCCAAUCAAAGCUACUGUAGAUAUAACGUGAUUUGACGUCAUUUUGUCUGUGGCCAAUGACCUUGAGCCUUCUUGGAUGGGCACUUCUAAUGUAACUCUAUGGCAGCACCCAAGGGGCUUGAAUUUUCAAGCUCUACCCUUAGAUUUGGCGGUGACGUAGUGUCCCUAUGAGUGACAGAACACAGCCAAUCACGGCGCAAUUAGAGAACAUUACGAACCCCUACGCUCCGUAUUUUUCGCUGGCUGCUCCAACACCACAGAAAGCACUGAGCUAGGCUGAAACACCUGCAUUUUGGAGCUGCCUUACUCAAGAAAGCAAAAAAGAGACCAUGUUUGUAUGCGGCUUUAUUAACUCAAUGAUUAUUUUUUUUUUUUUACAUUGUUUGCAAACUGAUAUGUGACUCCUAUUAAUGCCAAAAUAACAUGCAAAACAGACAACCCCCACCCCCAAAAAAAGUUUGCCAUUGAUCACCAUAUACAGACACACACACACUUCUCAUGAAUGUUGUUCUGUUUCAGAUCUUGGGUGUGUGGCUGGCUGCACGUUACAGGAACCAGAAGGAUCCGAGAGCCAACCCCAGUGCAUUCCUAUAA